AUGUCUUACAGCUCAAGCUACGGAGCACCGGGAGUUCCUGCUCCGCCCGGGAUGUACGGACAUACAUCCAGUUCAUCAUAUGGAAAUGUUCCUUCUCAAUCUCUAUCCUAUAGUAACUCUCAUUCAAAUACUAAUAGUCGAAAUUCUAGUUAUUCGAGAUAUGGGAACGAUCGUGGCGGAGAGAGAUCCUAUGACGACCGCAGUCGGCGGGACCGUAAAGAGUAUGAUUCUCGUGGUGACCGUAGGGAUCGAAGCCCUAAUGGUUAUGAUAGACAUCACGAAAGAUAUCCUAAUUCUAGCUACCGUUCUGGCGGAAACGGAGAUCGCAUGGCUGGCCUAGGUUCUGGUUUGCAGAAGCAAGACUGGGAUAUGGCUAAAAUGCCGAAAUUUGAAAAGAAUUUCUAUAGAGAACAUCCUAUCGUUGCUGCUCGAUCAGACGUAGAAAUUGAGGUGUUUCGGAAAAAGCAUGAUAUGAAAGUUUUUGGCCGAGGUGUCCCUAAACCUGUCACAACCUUUGACGAAGCUAACUUUCCUUCGUAUGUUUUAAAAGAAGUACUUGAAUCUGGAUUUAAGGAGCCAACACCAAUUCAAUCCCAAGGAUGGCCGAUGGCUCUUUCAGGCCGUGAUGUAGUUGGUAUUGCCGAAACUGGUUCGGGUAAAACGUUAGCGUAUUGUUUACCGUCGAUUGUGCAUAUCAACGCUCAGCCGUUCCUCGAGCCAGGCGAUGGGCCUAUUGUUUUGAUCCUUGCCCCUACACGCGAAUUGGCUGUGCAGAUUCAGCAAGAAUGCACAAAGUUUGGCAAAUCUUCCAAGAUUAAAAAUACUUGCGUUUAUGGGGGUGUGCCGAAAGGUCCACAAGCCCGUGAAUUACAAUAUGGCGUUGAAAUCGUUAUUGCUACACCGGGUCGCUUGAUUGAUAUGAUGGAAACUAAGAAAACAAAUUUACGUCGUGUGACUUACCUUGUACUUGAUGAGGCUGACAGAAUGUUAGACAUGGGUUUUGAACCACAAAUACGUAAAAUUGUUGAUCAGAUUCGACCAGAUCGACAGACUCUUAUGUGGAGUGCAACGUGGCCCAAAGAGGUUAAGAAACUCGCUGAGGACUAUUUACAUGAUUUUAUUCAAGUCAAUAUUGGGUCUAUGGAUUUAUCCGCGAGUCAUAAUAUAGUACAGACUAUAGAAGUUUGUGCAGAGUAUGAAAAACGCACAAGACUUGUUAAACAUCUGGAACGUAUCAUGAACCAAAAAGAAAACAAAACUCUCAUUUUUACAGGAACAAAGCGAACAGCAGACGAGAUUACAAAGUUCCUCCGUCAAGAUGGUUGGCCAGCUUUGGCAAUUCACGGUGACAAGGCACAAACAGAACGAGACUGGGUUUUAAGUGAAUUUCGUAGUGGAAGAUCGCCCAUUAUGGUGGCAACGGAUGUAGCAUCUCGAGGGAUUGAUGUGAAGGAUGUCAAGCUCGUCAUCAACUAUGACUUUCCGACUAAUGUCGAGGACUAUGUUCACCGUAUUGGUCGUACUGGUCGUGGUGGUGCUAAGGGAGCUGCAGUGACUUUCUUUACGAUGGACAAUGCUAAGCAAGCCAAAGAUUUGGUAAACAUUCUAAGAGAAGCGAAACAGGAGAUUGAUCCGAAAUUAAUAGAAAUGUCGAAAAUUCACACUGGUAAUAGCGGUCGGAAUCGAUAUAGCAAUGCUCGUGGACAUGGAGGUGGCCGUAGCGGGGGACGUUGGUAG